AUGUUCACUGACCCAGACGGAGACCUGUAUCUAGAAGACCUAGGAGGACCAGAUAUCACAGCAUGGAGAAACUACGAACCUCAUGGACCUACCCCCUUCGGAAUCAAUGCCCACGAGAUCUAUCCCUUCAGGAACCUUCCAGGAGAUGCGGCCAGGAACCAACUCAUGAUAGAGGGAGAGCGGCAUGCUGCCGCGGAACGCAUUCACCUUGGGCUACCCCAUCCUCCUCCUGGUGGAUCAGCUGCAGUGGCACCAGUCGCAGCUGCUGCGGCCCCGGCGAAUCCUGGCGGUGGUGCUGUAGGAGGCGCUGCUUUGGUGGCUCCACUAGCCGGGGCAGCCGCCGUUGGUGCUCGACCAAACAUCGCAGGUGGCGGGGGUGCUGCCGCUUUGGCUGCGGCUCUCAACCAGCCCCCAGGUGGUGCUCAAGCAAUGAACUCCGGUCUCAACGGAGACGAUGCUCGUACCCUUCCAGUGACCAGGGACGUCGAUGGAAACCGUUUCAAGGAGUUCAGAGUUGGUGUCCAAGAGUGCAAGCAGAGCAAGUUCAGCGACUGGCCUAUCGGCGGUCCCAGGACCGUCCGCCACGUCCUGAUGGAGAUGGUCAACCAUGGAGGAUCAGCGCUUGCCCAUCAUCAAGCUUGGCGGGUGGCGUGCAAGUUUCAGCCUUCAGACGGCCCUGCCGUCGAGCACGAGGGUCUUUGCAAGAUCCUCCAGACCAUGUUGACUUACGAUCAGCUCGAAGAGAAGCACAAGUUCAAACUCCAGGCCUCGGACGAGUCAGGCGAAGGUGCUCUUUUUAUGGGCGCCAUGGGCGGCGCGCGGGUUGGAUCCGUGGUGUCGCCAAAGCUGACGGAGUGGGUGGGAGGAGAACUUCAGAAGGAGGCUCUUGUGGCAAAGGAGCGCAGGAAGACCUAUGAUAGUGGUCGCAGUGAUGUGGAGCCCUACGUCAAGGAGAAUAUCUCCUGGCCUGAGGUGAGCAAUUGCCCAGUUGCCCUGGACAACUGCCUACCUCCGGCUGACCGUGAAUGGCUGGGUGACCUCACUAACGCUGUUUACACCCUGGCCGUCCCGGAUGGCAUUGCUGAGAUGUUCACCAUGCCCGGCAUUGAGGCUGGUAAGGUUGGCGUCUCCGACAUUGCUGGGACACCUACUGAUCCUGAAACCAUUGUGUUGCCGUAUGUCACCGUGUUGCCGAUGGGUGGAGUUGGGCUCUUCACCUUUGUCAGUUGUGAGCCGUCAGUUGCAGAAGUGGUCGAUCGUCAUGUCUCGCGACACCUGCUGCGACAAGCGAAGACAAAGCUCAGAGGAUCCAUUCCAGAGGGCCUGACCUACCUAGAGGCCCGAAGUGUCCGGGAACCUACACGCCUGGACUACAUGCGACGGAUCAAGGACUUCAACCACUGGUUGGGCCCCCAUGUGGUAGACUUCACAAACCCCCUUGACGUAGACAACAUUCUGGUGGAGUACCUGCAGGACCUGUUCGACUCCGGUUUCAAAGUGGACUCAGGGAUUCGGAUUCAUGCUGCCAUCAGGUUUUGUCAUCCACAGUUGGGGAAGAGCGCAAGUGGAAGUCUGCCCCGGUGUUUACGGGCCCUUCGGGGUUGGAAGAAUGCAGAUCCACCAUUACAGAGGAUGCCACUGCCAAUAGAGGGAUUUGGAGCCAUACUGGGGUACUGCAUAGCGACAAACUUCUUGGAGAUGGCGGUUCACCUGUUUCAGUGGACGACCUACAUGAGACCUGGCGAGGCAAGCAGCCUCACAACCGACCAGCUUAUCCCCCCUAUGAGCAGAUCUGAUAGCAGCGUGCAGUUUUUUGCCGUGCUGCUCCAUCCAGCAGAGGGACGGGUACCUGGGAAGACGGGUCAUUUCGACCAGGGAAUUCUACUGGACAGCGACUUGUGGAUCAAUCCCAUCCUCAUGAAACUUAUUCACAUGAAGAAGCCAAGCACACCACUGUGGAACCACACACACAUGGAAAUUCUCAAUGUGUUUCAGAAGGCUGUCAAGUACCUUCAGUUGGAACCACUGGGAGUAAGCAUGUACACCCUUCGCCACGGAGGUGCAUCCUACGACAUCAUCAGCCAACGGAAGACCAUGGACGAGGUCAAAGUGUUGGAAGCGGAUGGCUACAAAGCGCCAGAGCUGCCAUAUUUGGCCUGGGUGCCAUGUGAGGGACAGCGGCAACUGAUGUGCCUUUUGUGCCGCAAUUCUCGUCGGAAACAGGGCACUUGGGUGUCAGACGAGACCGCUCACUGUGGCACGCACGAGAACCCUGCAGGUUCAAAGGAGCACCGAAAGAACCUCCUGAACUAUCCACCCGGUGAUCCUUGGUAUGAGCAAAAUGUGACAGCCGCACGGCUGGAAUUCCAUCCGAAACUUGAAGUGAGCAGAGCGAAGACUGCUUCGGAGUCCAGGCCUGAAAUCCGCAGUGAGGAUGCCAGUUUCUCUGAGAGUGGGUUUCGGCCAGAUAAAUCACAGCAAACCCAGUCGCUCAGUGGGUAUCGAGACGAAGCUCAUUGUACUUAUCCUUCGCGAGACGUGGAGAAGCUCGUCGAGGAACAGCCUGAGGUUGCUGCGGGCGCUGCGGCUUGGCUCGAUGGCGAGAGGCAGCGGUCGCCCGAGCGUACCGAGCGUCAAGAUCCACAGGCUCAGGUGGCUGCAAAUGCUGCUGAACCAGCUGCUGAAGCAAAGGUUGCGCCGGAGCCAAAGUUGCCCCCAAACUGGCGCAGUGCCAAGGACAGUGAAGGCACGACUUACUACUACCAUGUCAAGGAACGCAAAUCCCAGUGGGACUUUCCGGAGUGGCCUCACACCUGA